UCGACCGUCGCGAUGAUCGCGAUCACCGACCGACUGGAAGAUUCCUUAGCGCACCGAAAUACUCGAUCGGCAUAAGUGUGCAAAUUCACGACGACGUUAGAGACAAACCUGGCGAAAUGAAUGAUAAGGACGACAGUGCUUGGGUGUUCGACUCCUUGAUCGGAUUUUUGCAAGGUCCUAUUUGGUCCUCGCCCCUUUUGAGCUUCAUCGAGGAAAAGUCCCUCGUUUUCGAGGCUAACACCGAAGAUUGCGAAGAGUAUCGGAAAAUAUAUCAGGAGUACAAAAACUUGGUCGACUUGCUGCUUGGAUGCUUUAUGGAAGAUAUGGGUAUCACACCGGAACAAUUCGAACACGCAUGCACCGUUAACAGAGAUACAAAGAUCCCAAUACAUUUUCAACAAAAUCUAUUCGAACAGAUAUGGGCGGCAAAUGAGUAUGAAAUAUUCAAAAGAAUGAUGACACAAAAGAACUUGGAGCUCCAGCUGCAAGCGCUAAAUAUGAUCGAACAAAAAUACGGUCUCACACCUGCCUCUCUCGUAUACGAAACUGAUGGCUUUCUUGAUGACGAACUGGUCAUGGAGGAUUUGAUACACAAACGUGUUCUGGAAGAUCAAAGCGAAGAAGAACCAGGUAUAUCCUCAGGAACAACAUUGAUCGCUGAACACGAGCGAUUAGCUGCCGAAUAUCACAAUGAAAGAGCGUUAUUGGAAGAAGCAUUAAGAAAAUCGAAAGAUGAUUCCAGGAAUACUUCGGAUGACGAGUCAACGGAAGAAGUUGAGUGUGCUACCAUAUCGGUUGAGAAAAAGUCAUUAGAUAAACUUCAACUUAAGAAGAACGAGCCUCUCAAACCAAUACCGACUUCAAAAAAGAAAGCUGAUGAAGACGAGAUGAAUACAGAAGAUAUUAAAAAGAGGCAAGAAUAUCUGAAAGCCAGGCGAGAUAAACUUGUGGCUUUAAAAAAGGAAGCUAGGAGCCAUCAGCUAGAAAUGAACAAAACUCGUCCGAGCUCCGCUAGAACAGUUGCUGAAGCAACUCUGAAAGGAGAACAAGAAUUGGAAGUAGCGCAAGUUAUAGAUCCUUCAAUACUUCAAGUACGAAGGGCUCUAGCAGCUCGAUUGAAAGCUGAAGUUGUGCAUAAAUAAUUUUAAUUUUGCAUUAUAUAUAUAUAUAUACAUAUAUAUAUAAAAUAUAUAUUAUACAAUAUAUUAGUUUUUCAUAAUUAACUGUAGAAGUCUUAAGCUUGCAAUUCCAAUAAAGUGCUUCACACAAAAGAAAUAACACAAAUUAAAUAAUUAUGAUAUCUAGAAAAGUAGUAUAUGUAAAGUUGUAUUUAGUCUGCGAGAAAUGUAUGAAAACCUACAAGUUGUUUUUAUAUUUUUAUGUCCUGUCAUUUUAAGAAAACUUUUAUUCCUAAUAUUUUCAUAC